AUGGUUCGAUUAAAAAGGGCGUUAUCGUCCACCGCGGGUAUGAUGAACUCCUGGCCGAGCACGAACGGCUUGAGCAACUUCCAAAUCGAUUCCGUCGUUUCCAACGACGACAAGCACUCCUCGAAAGUUCUUUCGAUCGCGGAGAAGUGCUCCUCGAUCGAAAAACCACCGGUGCCGCACCAAAAGUGCAAAGUGAUCGCCACGAUUGGUGGGGAGAUGAGCAAAACGGUGGACGAUUUGUGCAUGUUUUUAGAAAGCGGCGUGACCGUGGCGAGGUACGACUUUAGUCACUCGACCAGUUCACACGAGGAGUUUCAGGAGGUGAUGAAGAAUCUGACGCGAGCGCAGAAAAUAACGAAACGAUUGUGCGCGACGUACCUCGCGUUUGGCGGGGACACGUGCCGAGUCGAAGUCGCCGAGGAGUUGGAAGAAGACGAGGAGAAAGAAGACUCGGCGGCUUUGUCGUCGGGCGAAGAGGAGGAGGAGGAGUCUUCGUCUCGCGGAGACGAUCGGUUGUCCUCGUCGGAGAGCGUGGCGGCGAAAAGGUUUACUCCGGCGAAGAAAGGCGAGAAGAAAAAGUCGUUGAAAUUUUCAAGGGGCGGCGCGGUGAAGUUGACCAACACGAAAGAGGCGCAAAAGAUUACCAGCGCGAGAUCGAUUCCGUUGGGAGAUCACUUUGAGCAUUUCGCGGCGCACUGCGAUGUUGGGGAUGAGAUUUUUAUCGCGCCGUUGAUUGGGAAUAACAACGAUAAGAGCGCUAAGUUGAUUGUGAGAAACGUAGAGAGAGAGACGGUGACGUGCGAGUGCGACGGAGAUUUAGAGUUUGACGUGGGUUUUGCCGGGAAUUCAAUCGCAAUUCGGUUCAGGCGCGAAUCCGGGGCGCUCUCGCCCGGGGACGAACAGUUGCUCAAAAAAAUUAGUCGAUCGGUUCCGGUGGAUUUCGUCUCUUUCGGAGGCGCCACGGGAAGCCAUCAGUUGGCGGAUUUGAAACGAGCGGCGCAAAAGUUUUAUCCGAAAGUCGCGUUGAUUGCACGAGUGGACACGUUGAAGGCGUUGCAGAGCGUCAAAGAAACGUGUAAAGUCGCGGAUGCCAUUUUAUUAGCCAGAGGCGAUUUGGGUGCCGUCAUUGCCCCGGAGAAGAUGUUUCGCGUGCAAAAGUUCGUCUUGCGCGUGUGCGAAGAACUGGGAACGGUCGCGGUUGUCACCAGACUCGUCGAUUCGAUGAUUAAGGCGCCACGACCGACCCGAGCAGAAGCGACAGAUAUCGCAAACAUCGUUUUAGACGGCGCGGACGCUUUAAUGUUGGGUAAAGAAACCUACUCGGGGAUGUUCCCGGUGGAAUGCGUCAAGACUGUUUUAGCCAUCGCGAACGCCGCGGAUAGAGUGUACGAUUACGAAUCGCGAUAUGCGAGACAAAAGAAGUUCGUUUCCUCUCGAAUUUCCGCGUUAUCGGAAGGUAGAAGCGAUAAGUUCCCUUCUGGUAAAGGUAACGCGCGCGAAUCGAAGGAAGAGAGCGCGUGGAUGAAGCACAUAAGCAACGUCUCGCGUAAAGAGUUGCACAAGUGGUCUUUAGCCGACGCCGCGGUCUCGUGCGCGUACCAAACGCGCGCGAGCUGUAUCGUCGUAUUUUCGCACACCGGGGAAACGACUCGAAUGAUUGCAAAAUACAGACCGAUUUGUCCGGUGAUGAGUUUGACGAUUCCGUCUAUUCGAGGCGGCAGCUUGAGUUGGGUCAUCGAAGGCGCCGAGGAGGCGAGGCAACAGUUGAUCAUUCGAGGCAUCAUUCCUGUUUUAUCCGACGGGCGCGAGGCAGUGAGUAACAUUAUUAGCAACGAUUCGGACGUAUCGGACGUAUUUUUAGACGCUCUGCGAAGGAAUCCGUCCGGUGCGGCGGACGUCGAAGCCAUGGCGCGGUUGCGACAACUCGGUUUAAUUAAACCCGGAGGCGUUUGCGUGUUUUGCCAAUUAAUCGGCGGCGUCUCGACGGUCAAAAUUCUUGAAUACGGCGGAAGAGUCGUCGAUAGCAUUAACGUUGGGACGUCUUCUCCAGGUUCUCCCGAGAAAAGACGCGCCGCGGCGUUGCACGCGCAAACUUCCGCUUGGGCCGCCGGUCGAAGAGACAGUUUACACGACGACAAUCCUCUCGGCGGCCAACCGCCUCAACUCAUGGACGAACUCUUCGGUAACCGCGCCGCUUCGCCGUCGUUACAAGCGCAAUCGUCCAUUCGAAUGGCGAAUGUGGGCACGUUUUCCGGUGAAAACUUGAGCGACAUGCAAACAACCGCGAACAAUCACGUCGCGUAUCCGCCGCCGAUGUACGACAAAUCAAAGCUCGGCAACGCGAGUCAACAAAGUCUCACGUCGUCCAUCGGCAACUUGACCAUCUCGCAUUCCAGCCGCGAAAGUUUAGGAGACAUGAAAGAGGGUCCACCGAGACAAAUGUCACCGUUGGGCCGAAUCUCAGGAGACGCGAAAAGGUCCUCGUUCGAUCGCGAAAAGUUUGCGAGAAGACGCAUAGAAUUAGAGCGCAAGAAGGAAGAAAUCGAGGGAGGAGAAGCGCCCGCCGCGGAAGCGGACGACGGCACGCCGUUCGGGAAAAAUAUUUCUUCUGGCAUGCCGCCUUCGGCCAAGUACACGACGUCGCCGAGUUACACCGGACGCAUGUAA